AUGGUUGCUAUCUCCAAAUUAAUCAACAACGGUUUGCUCUUAGCUGGCCAAGCAGUCUACCAAGACUUGGCUACUCCAGAACAAUCUUCUGUUCAACAAUACAACAUCAUUCGUUUCCUCGGUGGUUCUGCUCCUUAUCUCCAACGUGAUGGUUUCGGUAUUUCUGUUGAUUUCCCAGAACAAUGUACCAUUGAACAAGUUCAAUUAUUAUCCCGUCACGGUGAAAGAUACCCAGCUAAAAGUGACGGUGCCAACUUUGAACCUAUCUACCAAAAGUUUGUUAACUACAACGGUACCUUUAGUGGUCAAUUAGAAUUCUUGAAUGACUAUGAAUACUUUGUCCCAAACAAGAACAAUUAUGAAAAGGAAACUUCCCCACUGAACUCUCAAGGUACUUUCUCCGGUACCUCUAAUGCCUUCAGACAUGGUGCUGCUUUCAGAGCUAAAUACAACUCCUUGUACAAGGAAAACUCCACUUUACAGGUCUUUUCAUCUAACUCUGGUAGAUGUUACCAAACUUCAAACUACUUUGCUCGUGGUUUCUUAGGUGAUGCUUACGAAGAAGAUGAAACUGUUAAGUACCACGUCAUUUCUGAAGAUGCCAGCUCUGGUGUCAACAGUUUGACUCCAAGAAACAGUUGUCCUAACUACAACAGUACUGCUAACACUGGUCUUGUCGCUAAAUAUAACACUAGUAGUUAUUUGCAACCAAUUGCUGACAGAUUAGUCAAGCCAAACCCAGGAUUAAACUUGACCGCCACUGAUGUCAGUUACUUGUUCUCAUGGUGUGCUUAUGAAAUCAAUGUUAGAGGUGCUUCUCCAUUCUGUGACUUAUUCACCAACGAAGAAUUCAUUAAGAACUCCUACCACACUGAUCUUAGCGAUUACUACUCUAUUGGUCCUGGUCACAACGACAGUAGAGUUAUUGGUUCUACUUUAGUUAACGCUACUUUAGCUCUUUUGAAAGACAAUGACAACGAAAACAAGAUUUGGUUAUCUUUCACCCAUGAUACUGAUUUAGAAUUCUACCACAGUGCCUUAGGUCUUGUUGAGCCAAAGGAUGAUUUACCAGUUGAUCACAUUCCAUUCCCUAACCCAUACGUUCACUCUUCUAUUGUUCCACAAGGUGCUAGAAUUGAAACUGAAAAGUUAAAGUGUGGUGAUGACUACUAUGUUAGAUUCAUUAUUAAUGACUCUGUUAUUCCAAUUCCAACUUGUGCUGAUGGUCCAGGUUUCUCUUGUAAGCUCGAAGAUUACGAAGAAUACAUUCAAAGCAGAAUUGGUAAUCUUGACUUUGUUGAACAAUGUAACAUGAACUCAUCUAACCCAGCUUCAGUAAGUUUUUACUGGGACUACAACACUGUUACCUAUGAUGCUCCAUUAGGGGAUUUCUAA